UACGCCAUUGCGUACAUAGGGUCUAGUCUGUUUAAUCCAAAGGAAGAAGAAGAAGAAGAAGAAGAAGAAGAAGAAGAAGAAGAAGAAGAAAAAAAAGAAGAAAACAACAAAAACAAAAACAAAACCAAUAUCUGGGCACCAGUUUGACGGUGUUUUUCGAAGUGGAGGCUGGCUUGACCGCAGUCAGAAUGGGUCGGCACUGUUGCUUUCCCGGCUGCAAAAACACCUCUGGACUGCACAGCUUUCCAGCGGACCUAGAAAUGAGGCGCCAGUGGUUGCGAGCAUUGGGCCUACCCGACCGCGAUCUUCCACCUAGAGCUGGAGUGUGCAAUCGUCAUUUUUCCCGGGAUUGCUUCUCCAAUCUCAUGGAGGUGGAUAUGGGUUUCACUAAAGUGCUCAUGCUGAAAAGAAAUGCAGUGCCAAACGUUGCUCUCCCGGUGACGACAAAAGGACCACCACUGCAUUUAAAGCCUAAACUGACCAGAGAGAUCGGGUGCCAGACGGAACCAGUCAGCACAAAACAUGCUGCUGGACAGGCUAACAUGAAGCCUAACAGGAGAAGCAAAGCUACUCAGGCCCAAAGUCCUAACAGGAGUGUACUAUGUGACACAGGCACUUUUGUGGCUGUACCUGAGCCUCUGGCAAACCCUGAGGUUCCAAGGGAAAGCUCCACCCCAGUCAAAAGGACAAAGUGUGAGGUGUCAACUGAUGACUCCAGCUACAAGCUAGAUGUAACCGACAGUACCAUGAACUGUACAAGCACCUCAAAUGAAUUGCCACCUCAUACAGUGACCAAGUACCUUGUCCAUGAAGACAUGUUAAUGGAGCUGUUCCAAAGAUGUCCAAUUUGCACCCGGAGCUGUCUGAUUUCCAAAACAGUCACUGGGACUAUCCUCCAAGUAGAGCAGAGCUGUACUUUCUGCGAGUACUUUCAUCAGUGGUCCAGCCAGCCAAUGGUGAAAAACAUACCAGCAGGGAAUCUUGAACUCUGUCCAGCGGUUCUAUUCACAGGCUCAUCAUUUGUUAAAGUCGAGAUAACAUGAAAAAUGCCCCUUUAACCCUUUUAGAUCACAUCCCCGGUCAUAUUGUGCACUUAUUUAACAAUAUAUGCCAAAAAACCAAAAUAUUAUGUAAGCUUGAACCAGCCAAUUUCACCCAAUAAUAUCAUGACAUACAUCCAUCAAUCAAUCUUUAACUUUUAGCGUCACAGAGCUAAGAUUCAUUAAUUAGCUAGCUAGCAACAGCUUUCUCAAAUUUCUAUGAUGCCAUAAGUGUUUCUGGGGUCGGACCUCACUGAUUACUGUACAAAAACACAACUUUAUCACUGAUUUGGGUAAAACUGGAUCAUAUUUUAUGGAGAAUUUUCUGGUUUUCCCUCUGAUGUCCACCGGCUGCUCUACCUCAACUCAGUGAUUUACGGAGUUUCCUGGUGGACAGAUAGCUUUACUUGUUGCUAAAGUAGCAACGGAACUGGGCUCAGCAGCCUGAAGACUUUCCAGCAAGCGGAAAUGUGAGCAUUAAGUGUUCCACAAAAGGAAGAUGGUGUCUCAGAAUAAAAGGACAAGGAUUUUUCAUAAAUAUAAAA